AUGGCUCUGAGGGCUACAGCACCGUGCUGGUUCCCACCAGGGUAUUUUGCAGCUGAGGAUGUGGCCAGCAAGGGAGCUUGCCCACCCCUCUGGCAGCUUUCCCAGAGCGGCCUGCUCCCGGCGCCCCAGAUCUGCACCCAGGGCACGGGAUUUAUCCUCUGCCGGGUGGAGCCGCCAAGGAGGGGUCCACUGGUAGCCCCUGCCUAUCCCCUGACUGCCCAGGAAGUGAACUACCUGGGGGUAGAUCAGGCGCAGAGGAACCCAGUCAGCUGGCUGCAGGCUGCCCCCAGCCUGGCGGAGAAGCCCUCCGCAGUCCACAGCUCAGUGCCUGGCAAGAGGAGGAUCACCCAUGUCCCCAAACCCCACUUGGCCAUACCACUGACAGGUGCCAAGAGGACCGUCCUGAUCAGAAGCACCCAGGCUUUCUAUGGCCAGAAGCAAGGUUUGCAGCUGCGGAAGACACGCACUCUGUCCGGGGCAGUGCCCAAGACCGUCACCCGCAAACCGGUCGCUCCCAGCCCAUCUGUACAGAGUUUACAGAAACCCAGCAUCCCCAGAGAGGGCAAAGUCCCCAUCGUCAUCCAGCAGUCCUGUUCCAAACUGUUCACGCAGAAGAGUCUCAAGUUCUGUACCUUCAACCAGGAGGCGGUGGAGAAGGUGCUGACUGAGGAGAAGGUGGCCUACGACCGCAGUCCCAGGAGGAACAUCUACCUGAACAUGGCCGUGAACACCCCUGAGAAGCUGCAAGGCCUUGCCCCCAGUGCUGUGCCCAAGCUCAACAAAACCAGCAGCUGGAGAGUUGUGUCUCACGAGGUGGUGUUGGAGGACAAGUUGGCUGCCAAGACCAGCUUCUCGCCCAGCUGCCCCGGCAGCCCCUCGGGGGAAGACCUGGGACAGGCCGCGCUGUACGGCCGCCUGAAGGAGCACCUGCUCACCGAGGCCCAGCUCAAGGAGAACGGCUACCCCUUCCCGCACCCCGAGCGGCCAGGGGGCGCUGUCCUUUUCACUGCCCCCGAGCGGAAGCCCGAGGACCCUUCGCGCCAGAUCUGCUGCCGCUGCGGCUCCGAGUACGUGGUGUUCGCCGGCGGCGGCGGCAGCGUCAGCGAGCACGAGUGUCACUAUCACUGGGGGCCGCUGCUCUGGGCUGGACCGGACCGCGGCUGGCAGGCCCAGUACGCUUGCUGCUCUGCCCCCGCUGGUGCCGUCGGCUGUCAGGUGGCCAAGCGACACGUGCGGGACGGCCGGAAGGAGCGCCUGGAGGGCUUCGUGACGACCUUCCGGAAAGGGCUCCCCGAAGACGCCCCCCCGGGGAUCUACGCCCUGGACUGUGAGAUGUCCUACACCACGUAUGGCCUGGAGCUGACCCGCGUCACGGUGGUCAACACUGACAUGCAGGUGGUUUACGACACCUUCAUCAAACCCGACAACGAGAUCGUUGACUACAACACCAGGUUCUCGGGGGUGACGGAGGCCGACGUCGCCAGCACGAGCGUCACGCUGCGGGACGUUCAGGCUGUCCUGCUGCGCAUGUUCAGUGCGGACACCAUCCUCAUUGGACACAGCCUGGAGAGUGACCUGCUGGCGCUGAAGGUCAUCCACAGUGCGGUGGUGGACACAGCCGUGCUCUUCCCCCACCGCAGGGGCCUUCCCUUCAAGCGCUCCCUGAGGAGUCUCGUGGCCGACUACCUUGGACGGACCAUCCAGGACAACGCGAACGGGCACAACUCCGGUGAGGAUGCCUAUGCCUGCAUGCAGCUGGUGAUGUGGAAGGCGCGACAAGACGCCAAGACCCGUGAGUCCCGCCAGCCCACCUCUCCUGCCGCCCCAGCGCAUCUUUAG